AUGAAAUAUAAAGAGAACAGUAACAUCUCAGAUUUCACGAUAAUUAUCUUUAAAUUUUUGAUCUAUGAUAUUGUGUUAUUCUGCAUACCACUUUUAGGAUUUAUUAUAAAGAAAAAUAAUUUAGUUUCUUUAAAAAAUGUUUAA